AUGCUUUCCCUUUUAACUUCCCUCGCAUCAUGCGACACAUGGGCUGUCAUCUUCUGCGGCUCACGCGACUUCUACAACUACCGUCACACAGCUGACUCCUACUACAUGUACCAUCUCAUUGCUGAAGUCAACAAUCUCGAUAAGGAUAAGAUCAUCCUUAUGUGCUACGAUGAUAUCGUUAAUGAUGCUGAAAACCCAUUCAAGGGACAAAUCUUCCGCUCACUUGAUCACUUGAACGUCUACCCAGGCCGUGCUAAUGUUAAGUACACAGCCGGCAAGGUUACAGCUACCAACUUCUACAAGGUUCUUACAGGCGAUAACUCCCAGGGCCCAGCUCUCCAGUCAACAGCCAACGAUAACGUCAUGAUCUUCUUCGAUAACCACGGUGGUGACGGCAUCCUCGGCGUUCCAGAUGGCUGCGGCGACUACAUCUAUGCUAACGAUCUCAAGCAGGCUCUCCAGACAAUGCACGACAAGGGAAUGUACAAGAACUGCUUCUUCCCAAUCACAGCUUGCUACGCUGGCUCCGUUGCUAAGGUUGUUGCUGGUGUUCCAAAGCUUUACAUGAUGACAGCUGCUAACGACCAUGAGUCCUCCUAUGCUGAUAUCUGGGAUGAUUCUCUUGGUGAGUACCUUACAUCCGAAUUCUCUGCUGUUUCCCAGCUCUACUGGCAGGCCCACCCAACAUGCACAAUCGGCGACUCCUUCGAGCCAAUCAAGAACGGCGUCAAGCAGUCCCAUGUCAUGGAAUAUGGUGAUACAUCCCUCAAGACACUCCCAGUUUCCCUCUUCCUCGGUACACCAAACAAGGUCUCUGAGAACGUUGUUGCACCACUCUCCCGUGGCGUUCUCCACGCUAAGGAAACAGAGGCCAAGCUUUCCUCCCUCUCUAUGAAGAAGAACAACGUCAAGGCCAUCCUCUUCGCUGAACUCGAGAAGGCUUCCACAAAGAAGAUGGAGGCUCUCAUCGAUUCCCUCACAAAGGAAUUCAAGCCACUCCCAGCUAAUGGUGCUGUCGACAUCAAGGAUUGGGAUAACUACAAGGCCGUCCUUCGCCACUUGCAGAAGUCUGUCUCACACCUCGGUGAGUCAUUCUAUGCUCAGACAUUCUUCUUCGCCAACCUCGCUAACCAGGUUAAGGCUGAGGAAAUCAUCAAGGCCAUCAACAAGCACCUCUAA